GAUUGUUCCAGCUUCAUUCCAGAGAAAAGUAAUGGAGGCUCUAUGCUCUCUCAAGCUUUCAUCUCCAUUAUCGCCUCCCAUCCUCAACAUUCAGGGUUCUUCCUCACCUAUUGAUGUAAAAUUUUCUAAGCUCAGUCCACUUCCUAAACCCUUUCUUCAACUUAAUGACAGAAGCCGGCAUCUUCACUACGGUCAAGUUUCAUAUUCUGUGUACCUAAGGCCUCAUAACCGGCGGGCAACGGCUGUAUCCGAGCUGCAAGGUUGGAACUUUGGUAGAUUUUUGAAAACGGUAUACUUCUUUAAUGGACCUCCGUCUCCUCUCAAGUUUGUUGCAUCAGUGAUUGAGAAACUUACUAACGGUUCACCGGAGGAACCACCAAAGGCGAUGGAGACGUCCGGGGUCAUACUCGUCGCUGGUGCUACCGGUGGUGUAGGAAGGAGAGUAGUUGAUAUACUGAUGAAGAAAGGGUUACCUGUCAAAGCAUUGGUCAGAAAUGAAGAGAAGGCCCGGAAGAUGUUAGGACCUGACAUUGAUCUGAUUGUCGGAGACAUUACGAAGGAAAACACUCUUGUUCCUGAAAAGUUCAAAGGAGUAAGGAAAGUGAUUAAUGCUGUUUCUGUUAUAGUCGGUCCAAAGGAAGGAGAUACUCCUGAAAGAGCAAAAUACAGCCAAGGGGUCAAGUUCUUUGAGCCUGAGAUAAAAGGCGAUUCCCCUGAAAUGGUCGAAUAUGUUGGAAUGAAGAACUUGAUCAAUGCCGUUAAGGAGGGCGUUGGACUUCGGAACGGGAAACUUCUUUUUGGGGUCGGAGAUAACACUUUUAAAGAUCUACCUUGGGGUGCAUUGGAUGACGUUGUAAUGGGAGGUGUGAGCGAAAGUACAUUUCUGCUCGAUCUAACAUCCGGGGAGAACGACGGGCCGACCGGAAUAUUCAGAGGAGUUGUGUCGACGGCAAACAAUGGCGGUUUUGCGAGUAUUCGAACAAAGAACUUUCCCGAGGCCGAGGAUCUUUCUGCAUAUGAUGGCCUGGAGUUACGGCUUAAAGGCAAUGGACUCCGUUACAAGCUUCUUAUCAGGACGAGUCGGGAUUGGGAUACUAUUGGUUAUACCGCAAGUUUCGACACUGAAGAAGGAAAAUGGCAAUCUAUACGUAUACCCUUCUCGUCUUUAAGACCUGUAUUCCGUGCCCGGACUAUCUCCGAUGCACCGCCCUUUAAUGCAGCUAAUAUCAUUUCGUUCCAGCUUAUGUUCAGCAAAUUUGAAUACGACGGGCAGCUUAACCCUACUUUCAAGGACGGGCCUUUCGAGUUGCCCUUAUCAAGCAUUCGUGCUUAUAUUCAAGAACCCGUCACUCCGAGGUUUGUUCAUGUCAGCUCUGCAGGGGUCACCCGUCCAGACAGACCCGGUUUGGAUCUCAGCAAACAGCCUCCUGCUGUGAGGUUAAACAAGGAAUUGGAUUUCAUUCUCACAUUCAAGUUGAAGGGGGAGGAUUCGAUACGCGAAAGCGGGAUACCGUAUGCAAUAGUACGACCAUGUGCAUUGACAGAAGAGCCGGCAGGAGCUGAUCUCAUCUUCGAUCAAGGAGACAACAUCACGGGGAAGGUAUCGAGAGAAGAGGUCGCCCUUAUAUGCAUUGCUGCAUUGGACAGUCCAUAUGCUCUCGACAAGACUUUCGAGGUGAAAAGCACGAUUCCAUUCAGUGAGCCCUUCACGGUGGAUCUUGAGAAUCCACCACCGGAGAAAGACUACGAUGUGUACUUCAAGAACCUGAAGGAUGGGAUCACCGGGAAAGAAGUGUUGGAGCCAAGUGGUGUUCCUGUCUAAUGAUCAAAUGGCGACUCACCAUGAAACAGAGGAACAGAACCGAGAUAGUUGCAGAGAUGAUCUCUGUAUAUCUGUAUGUAUAUAUAUAUAUAUAUAUACACGUUUUUGCACAAUGUAAUGGAGAUACAAAAGAUGAUACGUCGAAAUCUACCUAUAAGAUUCAAGAGGGGACAAGAAAUAUGGUUUCUUUUCUGAUUUA